AUGACCCUCGACACCCCCAGCACGCCCGAGCGCGAGACUAUCGAGGACCACCGCCUCCUUCGCCGGCCACACUCCGACCCCAGCAUCGACCUCGAGUUCAUCGAACCAUACCUCCUAGGUCCCAAGCCACACAACUGGCAAUGCAACACCAUCAACGCACCACCACCAGACAACCACCACCAGGAACGUCUACUAAACAGCUACGCCGUCUCGCUCUCGGAGGGGGCCUACGUGACCAUCUGCGUCGCGCUCACCGACGGCGACCAGCCCGGGGCGCCGCGUUUUACGGAAAUGCUGUACCGUGACAUGACCGCUGACAACUAUCGCGCAGCAGUAGCAGCCGGAAACCACCUCGACCUCCAGACCCUGCGGUUCCUGGGUGUGAAGCAUGUGACUCAUCAAAAAACGCGAAAUGUCAUCGAGUACAUAUUCACACAUGCUGGGAUGGACUGGCUUUCCCGGGGCAGCCGUGUGGAGGUUACGCCUCAAGCUAGGGAUUUGGAUUUCGAGUUGCUAAUGUUGUCUAACCCCUUUACGCGCGGGCAGGUGAGCUUGCUGAGGCACUAUAACUAUAGUCGGAAGACUGGAGGAAGUGCGUACGUGAAGCGUGUGAUUUUCAUCUCGGAGGGCUAUGAUGGUCCUGCUGAAGGGAGGUCCCGCUGGCAGCCCAUGGUGCAUAUUGUUACCGAGCUUGGCCGGCCGAGCGCUUGUGAGACUGUUGAAUAA